CUCUCUCUCUCUCUCUCUCUCUCUCUCCCUGCACCCUCUGUGUCCCCUCUUCCACCCCACCCUUCAUUUUUUCAGUGCUACGGACCGAUCAUGGGUGACUGGAGCUUUCUGGGUAAUAUUUUAGAGGAAGUAAACGAGCACUCUACGGUGAUCGGCCGGGUGUGGCUCACGGUGCUCUUCAUCUUCCGCAUCCUCAUCCUGGGCACGGCGGCGGAGUUCGUGUGGGGCGACGAGCAGUCCGACUAUGUGUGCAACACACAGCAGCCCGGCUGCGAGAACGUGUGCUACGACGAGGCCUUCCCCAUCUCCCACAUCCGCCUGUGGGUGCUGCAGAUCAUCUUCGUGUCCACGCCGUCUCUGGUGUACGUGGGCCACGCCGUGCACCACGUCCACAUGGAGGAGAAGCGCAAGGAGCGCGAGGAGGCGGAGCUGAGCCGGCAGCAGGAGCUGAGCGAGGAGCGUCUCCCGCUGGCGCCCGACCAGGGCAGCGUUCGCACCACCAAGGAGACGAGCACAAAGGGGAGCAAGAAGUUCCGUCUGGAGGGCACGCUGCUGAGGACCUACAUCUGCCACAUCAUCUUCAAGACUCUUUUCGAGGUGGGCUUCGUGGUGGGCCAGUACUUCCUGUACGGCUUCCGCAUCCUGCCGCUGUACAAGUGCAGCCGCUGGCCCUGCCCCAACACCGUGGACUGUUUUGUGUCUCGACCCACCGAGAAAACCGUCUUCAUCAUCUUCAUGUUGGCCGUGGCCUGCGUCUCGCUCUUCCUCAACUUUGUGGAGAUCAGCCACCUGGGCCUGAAGAAGAUCCGCUUUGUCUUCCGCAAGCCGGCCCCGGCCCCGGCCCAGGGCGAGGGCUCGGCGCCUCCUCUGCCGCUGCAGGGGAAGAGCCUGCCCCCGCUGGCCGUGCCCUCCCUGCAGCGGGUCAAAGGUUACAGGCUGCUGGAGGAGGAGAAAGUUCCCCAAAUGACUCACCUCUACCCGCUGGCUGAAGUCGGCAUGGAGGCGGGCAGGGGGACCCCGCCCUUCCAGGGGGGGCUGGAGGAGAAGUCGGAGAAGGUGCUGCCCAUGGAGGACUUCUCUAAGGUGUACGACGAGGCGCUGCCCUCCUACGCUCAGACCACCGAGACAGGGGGGGUGAUAUUACACGAGGAGGAGGUGCAGCAGCCUGCGGAGAAGGAAGCGGAGCGGGUGGACGAGGAUGUGGAGGUAGAGGAGGCGGCGAUCGACGACGGGGUGACCGCGGCGGAGGCCGCCGAUACAAUAGAAGACACCAGACCGCUGAGCCGACUGAGCAAAGCCAGCAGCAGGGCCAGGUCAGACGAUCUCACCGUAUGAA